GGCACAAUGGCGGCAAAAUCCCAGCCCAGCGCUCCCAAAAGCAGGAGUCCGGGUGGCAUCACUGAUGACAGGGUUGCGUCUCAGGGCCAGUGGGGCCGUGCCUGGGAGGUGGACUGGUACUCGCUGGCGAGUGUCAUCUUCCUGCUGGUGUGCGCGCCCUUCAUUGUGUAUUACUUCAUCAUGACAUGCGACCAGUACAGCUGCGCCCUGACCGGCCCGGUGCUGGACAUCGCCACCGGGCGCACUGGGCUCUCAGACAUCUGGGCCAAGACCCCGCCUUUGACAAAGAAAGCCGCUCAGCUCUAUGCCUCAUGGGUGGCAUUCCAGGUGCUUCUGUACAUGGUGCUGCCUGACUUCUGCCACAAGUUUCUGCCCGGCUAUGUAGGAGGCGUCCAGGAGGGAGCCGUGACCCCAGCAGGAAUCGUGAACAAGUAUGAGGUCAAUGGCCUGCAGGCCUGGCUGCUCACCCACCUCCUGUGGUUGGCCAACGCCCACGUCCUGUCUUGGUUCUCACCCACCAUCAUCUUUGACAACUGGAUCCCCUUGCUGUGGUGCGCCAACGUCCUCGGCUACGCCGUGUCCACGUUUGCCAUGGUCAAGGGCUACUUCUUCCCCACCAACGCCAGAGACUGCAAAUUCACAGGCAAUUUCUUCUACAACUACAUGAUGGGCAUCGAGUUUAACCCCCGGAUCGGGAAGUGGUUUGACUUCAAGCUGUUCUUCAACGGCCGCCCCGGGAUCGUGGCCUGGACCCUCAUCAACCUGUCCUUCGCGGCAAAGCAGCGAGAGCUCCACGGCCACGUGACCAACUCCAUGGUCCUGGUCAACGUCCUGCAGGCCAUCUACGUGCUGGACUUCUUCUGGAACGAAGCCUGGUACUUAAAGACCAUUGACAUCUGCCAUGACCACUUUGGGUGGUACCUGGGCUGGGGCGACUGCGUCUGGCUGCCAUAUUUGUACACGCUGCAGGGCCUGUACCUGGUCUACCACCCUGUGCAGCUGUCCACGCCCCACGCCGUGGGCAUCCUGCUGCUGGGCCUGGCGGGCUACUAUGUGUUCCGGGUGGCCAACCACCAGAAGGACCUUUUCCGCCGUACCGACGGCCGCUGCCUCAUCUGGGGCCGCAAGCCCAAGGCCAUCGAAGUCUCCUACACGUCCGCCGACGGCCAGCGGCACCACAGCAAGCUGCUGGCAUCGGGCUUCUGGGGCGUGGCCCGCCACUUCAACUACACCGGCGACCUGCUGGGCAGCCUGGCCUACUGCCUGGCCUGCGGCGGCGGCCACCUGCUGCCCUAUUUCUACAUCGUCUACAUGGCCGUCCUCCUCACCCACCGCUGCCUGCGUGAUGAGCACCGCUGCGCCAGCAAGUAUGGCCGGGACUGGGCGCGCUACACAGCCGCCGUGCCCUACCGCCUGAUACCCGGCGUCUUCUGAGCGCCAUCCCGGGAGCGAGCAUGGCCGUCGGGGCUGCC